AUGUAUGGAUGGACCCCGAAAAGGAGAGGGAUAGAGGGAGAGGGAAGAUUUCCCCGCGGGGUUUCUCGGCCUGGUGGCUUCGGUCUCGGUGUGGCGGUGCCACCGGGGUGGAAAUCUGCCACUUUCAUCGCCGAACGCACGGAACAGCGUGACCAAUGUUCACCCUUCCGGCUUGAUCCUUCCCCCCGUGUUUCGUCCACAAGUAGUUCACCCCGCAUCUCAAAUUCUCUCGAGGAAAGCCUAAUUCUCCCAAUCUGGCUGGUUAAACGAGCCACAGAACCUCCAGGGGAUUCUCCAGGGAGUUCCACUCUCAGAGCACCGACUGUAAAUGAUGUUCUUGAUGCUUUUCUACCCCAAGAUAAGUCAGAGCGCGUCCUUCUGCAUAGCUUCGCAUCCGCGGUCCGUGAAGGGUACUUGAGGUCAAUUGUUCAUCUUCCAGAAGGGCUAAAUUCUCACGGAUUUGGGUAUGGUCCUUCUGAACGCUACACAGAGCUAGACACCUGGAAGAGCACCUUGGCACCAGAAGCAAUCAUCAUUAUCCCUCGGGACACAAGUGUUGAUGACCCCCCUCAGCAAUCACCUUCCAGUAGUAAAGAAGAGGUUUCACUUGGAAAAAUUAGAGUAGUAUAUGAAGUUGACAGAGGAAGUACAUUACGGUUCAGGGUGGAGAGAAAAGAGAAACCCACUGGGAUCCGACUGCUAGAUUAUUAUCAUUUAUCUCAAGAAGCUCAAGAGCCAGAGAUAAGGGAGGCUGCCAUACGAAUAGUACAACGGACAAGUUCCGCGUGUGACAAAAUCAAGUCUGACAACAAGGACAAGACCAGAUGGGAGACUCUACAUUCUACCGGUUGGAAGCCCACUGGUGCAGGUCGGAUGAAGUUUGAUCAUGACCCUCUCAAUGGAAGGACUACAAUAUCCAUGAGCAAUGAGUUCAGUCUAACAUUUCAAGAAAGCAGAGCGGCUGAUGGAAAAACACAACAUGUGGUCACUCUUUCCCAUCAAGGCACUAAAACGGAUCAUCUGAAAGUCUUGACAAGCGGUCAGUACCAGUCUAUACAGCGAAGGGAGCAGAAUGGAAGUUGGCUACAAUGGAGGACUGAUGGUGAGAGGACUGAUCUACGUGUUGCAAAACAGUCAAAAGCGUCAAAUGAUAGGAAACUCGCAACAGAAGUCACAAAAGACGCUGAUAGCAAAGCAGACAUACAAGGAAAGUCUGUUGGUGAGAACACAGUCACAGACAAGUAUGGCAGUGAUAAUGAAACAAGAGUAGAGCAUGAAGAGGCCAAGAUUCCAAUGACCAUUCCGCUCAUGCUCCAAAUUCCUGAAUGCUGGCGACAAGAAUGUCUUGAUGGUCCCCCCAUCGUCACGUUCGACGAUCUGCCUGAGAAUCCCGAUGAGAGUCAACAGAAGUUCUGGCCAACGCAGUCAAGCACCCCUGUCAGAAGUUUCAGCUUGGACUCACGCCCUGUGACCCAGCGACACCCUGUCAGAGCUGGUGGUUUGAACGUAUUCAAAAAUGGAUCGGUGAGCCAAGCCAGACGAUCCAAUUCUCAUCGAGCAGAAACAUUGCUUGGAGGGACACGUCGUACCUCUCAUUCAAGGCAAGGAGACGCUCAGGAAUCAGCUGAUGUCGCGAGGGGACCGGAGAUUAUGGAUCGAGAUCAGCACUCCUCAUCUCCUACUCACGACUUAGACCUACCCAGUUCUACUCUGACGGCUGCGCAGUCCCCUGACAUUAAUCAGCAUGAGCAGGACAAGCAGGACGAGCGUGAUCAGCAGAGUGGGCUGCACAGUAGCACAGAAACCAUUAGACAGUAA